CCGCCGUCCCACCGCGCGCUGUCCCCCUGCUCCCAUUCCUGACUCACUGCUGUUCGCUCUCGCCGAGCAUCGAGGAACAAGUCGGUCAGGAAGCGCCCCGCCGCCAUGGCAUUUAAGGACACCGGAAAGACACCUGUGGAACCAGAGGUGGCCAUUCACCGGAUUAGAAUUACUCUGACCAGCCGCAACGUGAAAUCCUUGGAGAAAGUGUGUGCUGACUUGAUCAGAGGGGCUAAGGAGAAGAACCUGAAAGUGAAGGGACCAGUUAGGAUGCCUACCAAGACUCUGAGAAUUACGACCAGGAAAACUCCCUGUGGUGAAGGUUCAAAGACCUGGGAUCGAUUCCAGAUGAGAAUCCAUAAGCGUCUCAUUGAUUUGCACAGUCCUUCUGAGAUAGUUAAGCAGAUCACUUCCAUAAGUAUUGAACCUGGAGUAGAGGUUGAAGUCACCAUUGCAGAUGCUUAAAUCAACUAUUUUAAUAAAUUGAUUUAUCUGUUGGUAAAA